UACACUGAGGGUACUCUAGCUAAGUUUGAGUUUUAAAGAGCGUCCUAAAAACUUAUUAGGAAUGUUUAGUGGUUUUCAACGCAUCACACGGGAUUAUACUUCUUCACUCUCUUCGCCUUACUAAUCAAAUCAAUCACCCGCUCCUAAUAUUUCUUUGGUUUAAAUUUUGGAAGACAGCAACAGUAUGACAGUAAAGGGUGCAUCAACACCAGGUGGGCCUAAAACGCCUGCAUCAACACCAGGUGGGCCUAGAACGCCUGCAUCAACACCGGGUGGGGCGAGAAUUGCUGCGAAGGAGGAUAAGAUCGUUGUGACUGUAAGGUUGAGGCCUUUAAGCAGACGGGAGCAAGCAGCAAAAGACCAAGUGGCAUGGGAAUGUGUUGAUGAACACACAAUUGUUCAUAAGCCUUCUGUUAAUAAUGAUCGUUCAAUGCAACAGUCUUCAUUUACUUUUGACAAAGUGUUCGGUCCUGCGUCUUUUACUGAGACUGUGUAUGAAGAUGGGGUGAAAAAUGUUGCUCUAUCUUCUUUGAUGGGUAUAAAUGCAACUAUAUUUGCUUAUGGACAGACAAGCAGUGGCAAGACAUAUACAAUGCGAGGAAUUACAGAAAAAGCUGUAACAGAUAUUUACAACCACAUAAUCAAUACCCCGGAAAGAGAAUUCACUAUCAGGAUUUCUGGACUAGAAAUCUAUAAUGAGAAUGUCAGGGAUCUUCUCAAUUCUGAAUCUGGCCGCAGCCUUAAGCUAUUGGAUGAUCCAGAAAAAGGUACUGUUGUCGAGAAGCUGGUGGAAGAAACAGCAACUGAUGACCAGCAUCUCAAACACUUGAUUAGCAUAUGCGAGGCUCAAAGACAAGUGGGCGAAACUGCACUCAAUGAUAAUAGUUCACGAUCUCACCAAAUUAUUAGGCUGACAAUACAAAGUACACUGCGAGAAAGUUCAGGCUGCAUCCGAUCAUACGUUGCAAGCCUGAAUUUUGUGGACCUUGCUGGAAGUGAGAGGGCUUCACAAACACAUGCUGAUGGGGCUAGACUCAGGGAAGGGUGUCAUAUUAAUCUCAGUCUCAUGACUCUGACAACUGUGAUUCGGAAGCUUAGUGCCGGUGGAAAGCGAACUGGUCAUAUACCUUACAGAGACUCAAAACUUACGAGAAUUUUACAACACUCUCUUGGUGGAAAUGCUCGUACUGCUAUCAUUUGUACGUUGAGUCCAGCAAUGAGUCAUGCCGAGCAGACACGGAAUACUUUAUAUUUUGCUACUCGAGCCAAGGAAGUGACUAACAAUGCUCAAGUGAACAUGGUUGUCUCUGAUAAACAAUUAGUAAAACAGUUACAGAAGGAGGUAGCUAGACUGGAAGCAGAGCUACGUGUCCCCGAUGCUUUAGACAAGGACCUGAAGAUUCACCAGAUGGAAAAGGAGAUUGAAGAUUUGAGACGUCAAAGAGAUCUUGCGUUAUCUGAAGUAGAAGAGUUGCGCCAAAAAGUGCAGGUUAACGGUCCCUUAGCAUCGCCUCGACCAGUUGUAAAAUGUCUUUCCUUCUCUGGCACGUUGCCAUUUAACUUAAACGGGAAGCAACAGGGAUAUCAGACACAGAAUAAAAUUGUUAGGCAAUCAAUGAGGAAGUCAUCUACUGCUCCAUUCACUCUGAUGCAUGAAAUUAGGAAACUUGAGCAUCUGCAGGAGCAGCUUGGAGAAGAAGCCAAUCGAGCUUUAGAAGUGCUUCAAAAAGAGGUUGCUUGUCAUAGGCUAGGAAAUCAAGAUGCCGCUGAGACAAUUGCUAAGCUGCAAGCAGAGAUAAGAGAAAUGCGUAUUGUUAAACCAGAACUCAUGAUGGAAGAUGAGUCUGGAGCAGCAGUUGUUGCCACCAAUAAAAGUGUCAGCGCUAAUCUCAAGGAAGAGAUUACAAGACUUCAUACUCAAGGAAGUACAAUUGCUGAUCUUGAAGAGCAGCUUGAAAAUGUGCAGAAGUCGAUAGACAAACUGGUAUUAUCUCUUCCAAAUAACGAGGAGCCUAAUUGUGAAGCAACUCAGAACUCGAAAUCUCAAUCGAAAAAGAAAAAGUUACUUCCUUUAAGUUCAAGCAGUGGUGCCAAUAGGCAGAAUCUUAUAAGAUCUCCAUGCUCCCCUUUAUCUGCUGCUGAUCAAGUUGUGGAGACUGAAAUUGAAAAUAGGAGUCCUGUAAAUGACAACAUUUUGGUUGCUGAAGCUGCACAAGGUGUCGAGAAAGGAACACCUACAAAAACUGAAGCAGCUGUUAGUGAUGUUUCAUCUAAGGAAGGUUCAGGUUACAGAAGAUCAAGUUCUGUUAACAUGAAGAAAAUGAAGCAAAUGUUUCAGAAUGCAGCAGAAGAGAAUGUGAGAAACAUAAGAGCAUAUGUUACAGAACUGAAAGAACGUGUUGCAAAACUGCAAUAUCAAAAGCAAUUACUUGUUUGCCAGGUGCUUGAGUUGGAAGCAAAUGAAGCAGCUGGUUACGAUAUUGAGAACAAUGAAGAUGAUUACGAGGGAAAUGAACCAGAGGUUUCAUGGCAUGUAACUUUCAAGGAGCAAAGACAGCAGAUAAUAGAAUUAUGGGAUGUUUGCUAUGUAUCCAUCAUUCACAGAACACAAUUCUACCUGCUAUUUAAAGGAGACCCAGCUGACCAGAUUUACGUGGAAGUUGAGCUUAGACGAUUGAAUUGGUUGCAGCAGCACUUGGCAGAAAAUGGAAAUGCAAGUCCAGCCCCUGGUGGACCUGCUGGAGAUGAACCCACAAUUUCUAUUUCUUCCAGUAUCAGAGCAUUGAAGCGUGAAAGGGAGUUCCUUGCAAGGAGAGUAAGCACACGCCUAAGUGCCGAGGAAAGAGAAGGAUUGUACAUGAAAUGGGGCGUCUCACUUGAAGGAAAACAUAGGAGGUUACAAUUUGUGAGUAAGCUAUGGACACAUCCUCAUGACCCACUUCAUGUGCAUGAGAGCGCUGAGAUUGUGGCUAAGCUUGUUGGGUUUUGCGAAGGUGGUAAGGCGUCUAGGGAGAUGUUUGAGCUCAACUUUGCACUCCCAAGUGAUAAAAGACCAUGGAUGGCAGGCUGGAAUCAAAUCUCCAACCUGCUUUUGUGAGAUAUGACGAGCUUUAUUUAUUUAUUUUGUUUUGUAAGUACAACAAAUCAUAUCCUUUGUAAAUGUACUUUAAAAGAAGAUUUGGAGUUCUCUCCAUUACUUAUUCAA